AUGGGCCUCUUCGACUCUCUCCGCUCGAAAUACGAUCUCUACCGUCUCGAGCAACGCUACACCCGCCGGGAAAAGCGCACAACGUUCAUUUCAGGCGCACAGUACGUCGAUGGCGAAUACGUCUACACAUCAUCGCCUACGAGCGAGAAGUCUAGCAGCAGCUUUGGGAGCGGGAGCUUGAGCAAACGACUACCGAGUGUUAAGGUAGCAGAAGUCUUCACCAUCAAGAGGCAGAGUAAGGUGUGGUGA